AUGUUGCCUAUUCCCACGCAGCUUCCGCCCAACAAAGAUGGCGUUCCACCCCCACCGCUCGAGGAGGAUCCCCAACCAAGAAUGGACAAUUCUAAACCAGGCUCAGCUUACGAGCAAUGCAUGUACCGCGAAGUCUGCUGGAGACUGGACCAGAGGGGAGCAGUGGGCGAGAACGCUCUCCACCUCUGCCUCCUCAACGCAACCUCCGUCCACGCCGAUCUGGCCAAAAGACUCGUCAAGUGCUUCCCCAAACUCAUCAACGACGUCUACAUCUCCGACGAAUAUUACGGAGAAAACGUACUGCACUGGGCGAUCGUGAACGAGGACCCGGCCAUGGUGAAAUUCCUUCUCGACAACGGCGUGAACUACCACGAGAGGUGCUGCGGGAACUUCAUGACCCCAGAGGACCAGAAGGCUUCUCGAUCGGAUUCCCUGGACCAGGAAUGGGUCAUCCUUUCCCCCAGCACCAAUUACGAAGGAUACGUGUACUGGGGCGAAUACCCGCUGUCGUUCGCAGCUUGCCUCGGCCAAGAGGAAUGCUACCGACUCAUGCUCGCCAAAGGAGCGGAUCCGAAUCUUCAGGAUUUCAACGGGAACACCGUCCUGCACAUGCUCGUCAUCUACGAAAAGAUCCCGAUGUUCAACAUGGCUUACGAGCUGGGGGCGCUUCUCACCAUCUUCAACAACCAAUUCCUGAGUCCCCUGACCAUGGCGGCCAAGCUGGCCAAAACGGAAAUGUUCUUCCACAUUUUGAAGUUGGAGCGGGAGAUAUAUUGGCAGAUAGGUAGCAUCACUUGUGCUGCUUACCCGCUGCGUCAAUUGGAUUCCAUUGACAUCGAAACUGGCGCAGUGAACAAGAACUCUGUUCUCAAUCUCAUAGUCUACGGGGUGAGGAUUUCCAACCGGUUCGACGAUGAUUGGGCAAAGGGGAUAUGA